GAGUGGGGCGUUGUGCAUCCAUUCAAAACGUCAGCUUUUCAUAACAGCAAUCUUCUCUUCAGUUGUGGUCGUUGUGGUUCAGUCGCAAAUGAAUGCUUGGUGUUGUUGGUUUGCAUCAUUUUUUUAUCGAGGUUCAGUGACGAGUUUAACGAAUUUUCUUGUUCUAAAAGCGAAGAUUUAAAGAGAAAUGGCUGAAAUUGAAGAACAAGUUGUGAUGACACCAAAAGGAAAAACGUCGAACUCGACCACUUUAAUAAUUGAACGUAAAAAAAUCACAAAAACUAAUCAGAUGCAUGUAGCCGGUGGUGAACAUACAGGAAUUGUUAUUAAUAAAGAAGUUUCAAACGAUUCUAACUCAAUUCCACCAAAACUUUCUUUGGUUUUUUGCGUUUAUUUAGUAAGCGCCCAAACUGGUAAACACACCCAAGAAUCUCGAACUUUACGAUUUUGGUUUAGAAAUAUUUUAAACGAAAACAUGAAUGGCGUCAAUUUAAAUGGAAAUAUCAAUGAAAACGAUUCUGAUACGGCGAGUGUUGCUCAAGAUUUUUUUAAAGAAUUGGUUAGCCCUCAAGAAUUUCCUCGAGAUUACGUUGGAUUUAUUAAAAAGAUCAUGAAGUUGAUGCAAAAAGAUUAUUUGACUAUCAGUAAAUUGGAGGUGGAGUUGAAACAGCUUGAAGAAGCCUCAGUUCCAAAUCGACCACCAAAACCGGGUUAUCUUCAUAUACAACUUUCUACCGUCCUAUCUUCUUCAGUUUCAGCAGAUGAAAAUUCUUUAGGAAACGUUGUUUUACUAUCAAAAGAAAAAGUUUUAGAACUCAUCGAAUCGGCUUACCCAAACCCAAUUACAAUUCAAGAUAUCUCAAAAGAUAAUAAUUGGGAUGAAGAGGAAGUAUCACAUCAUUUGGCUGAAUUGCAAUCAAAAGGACUUGUUAAAGCCAUGGAUCAUGGUGCUUUUACUCGUCAACAAUCGAUGGAUGUUCAAGUAACCGUUGUUAAGCAAAUGCCAACGAUGGUUAGUGCGAAACAACCAACAAUUGCUAUAAUCACAGCUCAAUAUUGUGAGAAGUUAGCCGUUGAUGCGAUGAUUGAAAAUAAGGAAACAUUUGUGAGAUACACAACAGUAGGUCCGACCAGUCCAACGGGAGAAGCCCCUAAACCUCGAUUUGGUGAAUCUAACGUUUACACUUUGGGGAACAUUGGAGCUCAUCGUAUUGUUUGCACAAAACUUCCUACUGUUGGACACACAAGGGAAGCUAUGACUGCAGCUGGAAAUACCACAACUAGACUUUUAGGAACCUUCCAAAAGGUGGAUUACGUAUUUUUAGUUGGUGUUGGAGGCGGAGUUCCUCAUUAUACGGAUUAUAAUAAACAUGUUAAACUUGGAGAUGCUGUUAUUUCUUGUCCAACUAAAGAUAAGUACAUUUACGUUUACUGCGACGCAGCUAAACAAACGGAAAAAGGGUACGAAUUCGAAAUAAAACCAUAUAAACCUGCAAAUUCAAAUUUACAAAAAAUUGCUUCCGAUUUAAAAUCUUCAAUACAAAACGCGGAAAAUGAAGCUCCUUGGUUAAAAUACAUUCAAAAUGGUUUAAAUAUUUUAUCACAAUCUGAACAAGACUUUAAAAAACCAAGUGCAGAAACAGAUAAAUUAUACAUGUCAAUAGGCGAACGAGACAUCAUAGAAGUUGCUCAUCCAGUUCCUCAAGAUAAUUCGUUAAAUAAAGAAAAUCCUCGUAUUCAUUUAGCUCCGAUAGCUUCAGGAAGACAAGUUGUAAAAUCAGAUCAACUCCGUCAACAAUUUGCAGCUCAAUAUGGAGCUUUAGCUUUUGAUUCAGAGUUUGAUACAGUAAUUGAAUCGGUUUUGGGUAAUUGCAAAGAUAGUUUUAUUUGUAUUCGAGGUAUUUCUGAUUAUAAAGAUGGUACAAGACGUAAAGAAUGGCAACCUUAUGGAUCUUUGGUAGCGGCGAGUGUCAUGAAAGCGAUAAUUUGUGGAAUGGAACCACCUACAAACGUUUAAAGAUUCUUGAGUAGAAAUACGAAUUUUAGGGACCUAAAAUAAAUGCUUUUACAUCGACUAAGAGCCUAAUUUUAAUGAUUUUUCAUAAGAUUUUUGUUUUAAGGUGCAAAGUAAUCUCAAGCUAGUCACUGAACCAUUUUAUUAUAUUAAAAAGAGUAAAAUUUUAUUUUGUUUCCUUUUAAAGUACCCUCUAAGUUUUAUUUUUUUGUUGAUUUGUAAUUUUUUAUAUUUAUUUGAAUAAAAUGAAUACAAAUUAAGUAUAUCAUGAAUACGAAUUAAUAAAUAUUGAUGUUAACAAAU